AUGGAUAAAUCUGCUUUCUAUGGCUUCCUGGUCGUCCUAACUCUUUCAAUUUUGGAACGGCCUGUUGCAUCGAAAAACGAUGUCUCGGUGGACGCUUCAACGAUGUCUUACAACAACUUAUCGAGAGAAGAACCAAGUUCAAGGAACUAUACAAACACUACUGAGGGCAACAUAGCGUGUAAAGAGGGCGGUUCGCAGCUAUGCGCGGCACCUUUGGGAAAUGACACCAUCCUGGAAUUCCUAGCAGAGGAUCCGUUUGAAUAUGCUAAGUCUGAGAACAUCAAUAUUCCACAGGACACCGGCCCCAACGACCAAAUUUUGGACGUCCUGAUGAUUCCCACCGAGGUUAACAGAUCGUCAGAAGAAGUUGAAUUCGGUGAUAAGGUGUCAAAGUUGCACCCUCAUACCGAAUUUGUUGAAAUGGUUACAGAAACCGACCUAUAUAUCACACCUAACAGCUCUGUUGAAAGCAGCACUGCCUCUUCUGCGGAGUCAACCGAUACCAAAUUCUCCGGGGGACAAAUCGAGGACGGCGACCGUAUUACUCAAAUCCAAACUGAUAAAGUUACUGGACCAUCCACAACUGACAAGCGCGAAGAAACUUAUACAGAAGCCACCUCUGUAUCUGAAGUCCCAACAACGUCCUCACUAUAUAGUCAAAGUACGCAGUCGCCAGCCACAAUGCCAAUCACCCAGGAAUUAUGGGGAUACCCUCCUACCAGGAUUAUACCUUUAUUCAGAACAACGGCGUCCAGUCUCGUAACCACAACGGAAAGCACACCUACAACUGACAAUGUUUUUCAAGUUCAAACAGCUGAUGUUACAGAAACAUACCAGAAGCGACAGAUAAGCAAAGAUUCGUGUUACCAGCGUCCCAUCAUCGAGCUCUGCCACAACACAUUGAACAACAAAUCACAGACGCAAACACAACGGGUUCGUGGAACAUGGUAUUAUGAUUCGGUGGAAAUGUGCUGUCACUACACAUCGGACUGUAUAUUGAAUUCGAAUGCUUUUGAGACACGCGAAGAAUGUGAGAGCACCUGCAUGCCACCCGCCGGUCCCGUCAGAUGCUUGGCCCCCCCAAAGGCUGGUUACUUUCAGUGCUCUGAAACAAGUCCUGCGCGUGGUGUGGUGCCUAUACUGAUGAUAUUUUUUGACAAAACCACCGGAAAGUGUCGUUGGUUUACCUACUACGGGUGCGGCGGCAGUGCAAAUCGUUUUCAGUCCAUUGAGGAAUGCGAAGCUACAUGUGGUGAAAAGACAGCUUCCAAGAUAUUUAUGGUUGCCGCGGAGCUUUGUCGAGUAGCUCCUUCAGAGCAGAGGCCCGGGAACUGGUACACACACAAGCAGCUGGAACACGAUAUGGCAUCAGAUGAGUUAGCAUCAGCCAAGGUAGCAGCGAACGUUUCUUUGUUUGAGGGACUAACAAUGAGAGAAUCCAAGUUGGUUGAGCCUGGUUGUCGUAAUAUCGGUCAAGCUGAAUCGCGAUGGUAUCUAGACUCGCAAACAGGAACGUGCAAAGAAUUCGCCUACUCUCAUUGUGGAGGUUCUGCAAACAACUUCCUGACGAGAACUGAUUGUGAACAGUUUUGUGGAGCUAAGAAAGAGGAGUCAGAAGAUAUUUGCGUGAUGAGUGCGGACGUUGGCGAAUGCAGCUCUCCCCGAGAAAUGUGGUAUUACGACCCGGAACUGCUGGAGGUCAAUCCCUUUGGUGAACAUAAUUCAAAGGGAGGGUGUCAGACGUUCAUGUAUUCGGGUUGUGGUGGCAAUGCGAAUCGGUUUGCCGAUCGCGCAACUUGUGAGCAUACUUGUGGACACUUACGUCGUCCGGAGCCUGAUGCAGUUGACUCAACGCUAACAACAGUAACUGCGCCAUCCCUAAACAACACCGAAAAGGGAUUUUUCUCCACAACCCUACCCACAAUAUCACAGGGUACUCCAAAUAUGACGGAAUUAUCCAGCCCUGAUAGUACAAAGCAACAAACGAACAAGACUUCACACAGUGAAAUUAAAUCAGUUGAGCUGCUAAAUAUCGACCUGGAACCAUGUAGACGUCAACCACUCGUCGGUAACUGUCGCCCACUAAACUGCUCCAAGUCUGAAACAAAGCAGGACAAGUGUCAACCGCUGCUGCUUCAGCGCUGGUUCUUCAAUGCUCACACAAGCAACUGUGAACCUUUCCAAUACAGUGGCUGUGGAGGAUCAGAAAAUACGUUUGACGACGCCCAAGCAUGUCAGGUGGCUUGCAAAGCGCGAAUUGUCCGACCGGAUCGAGACCGUCGAUGUGACUCGCUCCCCCAUCACACAAAAUGUUACAGUCUUUCCUUGGGUGCAACAUCAGGACUCCAGUCGAAUUUCACGAUAGCCUUCCACUUCAGCUUGGGAAGCGCGACCUGCAAAGCCUUCCAUUUAGACACAUCGCAACCAGGCUGCGACAGGCUAUCCUACUUUUCAAAUGGCCAUGAAUGCCUGAACGCCUGUGUGCGAUCCACCCCCACGGAAAAACAUUUACAAAAUCGCUGUUUCGCUCGGAAGACUCAUGCAACCUGGUCUUGUGAGUCCGAACACGAGAAGACGUUCCGCUGGUCCUACUUGUCCGAGUUGAAUCAAUGUGUACAAUUCUCGCAGUGCAUUCACAACUCUACACAGCCGGGGAACAACUUUGCAUCGCGUUCUGUUUGUGAGGCAACUUGCAUGGCCACAAGCCUCGAAGAGGUAUGCCAAUUGCCAAAGGAGCGUGGUCCGUGUCAUGCUACUCAGACUCGCUACUACUACGACGUCAAAUCUGCAAAAUGUAGGAUGUUUCUUUACGGUGGCUGUCUUGGAAAUUCAAAUCGCUUUCUUUCAAGGCAGGAAUGUGAGUCUGCUUGUGGCAAGUUCGCAUCCCACAUGAUCAGUCAUAACGUGACAACAUUAUCCGACGUCAACCAAGCUACAUCCGGAAGGCAUACUGCCCCACCGGUCCCGGCAGAGGUCUUUGACAAGAUGAGAAGAAUCACGCGACGACAUUUCGACAAUUUCCCUUGGGACUUGUGUUUGGAAAGCCAUUGGUAUGGAACCUGUCCAACCUCGACAAGAUACCAUGCGAUUUCCAGUGGAUAUCCAUUCACCCAGCUCACUCGGUUCUUCUACGACCGACGACUUGGAAAAUGCCAACCGUUCACCUACACCGGAUGUGGAGCCAGGGGGAAUCAUUUCGACACAGCACAAGGAUGCAAAGAAGUUUGCGAGGACCGCCUUCGUAAUCCAAAAAGUGCUCGCUGUCACCAGGUAAAUGACAGAAACCUCUGUUCAGGCAGUGGAGUGCAGGGCUGGGCCUUUAAUCAGUCGAUUGGAGAUUGUCAAAUGGUUGAGGUCUGUCCCACAGGUGUGAUCAUCGAACCAACUGGGUCAACACAGUUUGCUUGGGAUAUUCUACGAAGACGCCGCACCAGUCACUGGUUGGGCACAUUACAUGCAUCGACAGGUCAAGCACCGCAGGGUGUAUACGCCACUCGCAGUGCCUGUCAGUAUCACUGUCUGCCAAAACCUCCAAGAGGAACGGAUGCCCAAAAUGUGUGCCACAUGAAUCCAAUCGUAACCGUGCCGUUCGGAUGUAACGCGAUGGUUACCCGCUGGUACUUCGAACCACGUGAGGCCAGUUGUCGUAGUUAUAUAACUUGUCCUCAAUACGGGAACAAUUUUCCAACAGAACAAGCCUGCCGAUCAAUCUGCAUGCCAGCUCAUCCGCUUGAUGUUUGCCGUCUGCCACGGGAUCACGGAGGUUGCUCUAAAUUCCAAACCCGCUGGCACUAUGACAUGAGCAAGAGAGCAUGCGUGCCCUUCAUCUACGGUGGAUGUUUUGGAAAUUCAAACAGAUUUUUAUCAAGAGCAGAAUGUGAAAGCUUUUGCACAUCACGUGAUGUGUGUCGACUUCCACUACAGAGAAACUCCAGCGACCCCACAUAUCCCAGGAGGUAUUAUUUCGAUCACGUAACAGGUAAAUGCCGAGCGUUCCACUUUACCGGAAUUUUGGCCCAUGGAAACAAUUUUCCCACUAUGGAGGCUUGCAUUGCCACCUGUUUAUAUGUCCCUGACAUCGAGGUUAUCGACAUGGAUGCACCCACAACGAACGUUCUGCCAAAAGUUGCUCAGGAUUCAGGAUUUGGUGCCGACAAUUUAAAGACCUCUUCUGUAAGGAAUGUGGUGAUUUCGUCAACCGAUAUCAAGACGUCUGAUAUUUUCGUAACAGAACACAAGUCACUUUGCAUAAUGAGCAUAACUGAUAUGGGAGCAAAAAAUCUAGUGGAGCAAACAAUCUGCGAACCCGAGGAUAUUAUUCAUGAACUGGGACACAGAUUCCGACCAGUUCGCACAAAUAGUGAACGUGGGGAUGAGGUUGACGGUUACUGCGAACAGACCCUUGUUCCUAUCUGCCUGACUGAGCCAAGGCGUGUGUUUGGGACUAUCAUGGAUCCGCUGAUGCACACGAUCGGACGUGUGUUUCGGACGCAAGCUGAAUGCGAAGGGAUAUGUCUCAACCGCCGACGGGUCCGAAGAAGUGCUACCCACUUGGAGGAUCUGGUGGAAGGCAAAGAAGAACUGGAGAAAAUUGUGGACGGUUUAUUAAAGGAGAGCGGGUACGAUUCAGACAGCACAUCUCAGCAGACUGUUCGAAACGGAUGUUCACCUGAAAAAUCAAUGGCAGAACAAGUCGAUCAUUUCCGGCACCAGUUUCAAGUGUAUUCAAGAUGGCCGUGCAAGUUCGACACGGAACAAGCUGCUGAAUUAGUUCCUCUGAUUGAACGACUCGCCGGUUCAAACACGUGGCUUCCUUGUUGGAUCAUUUCUGCACGAAUGCCAACGGUCUAUUGGACACACUUGAAAGACGGGAAGACUUAUCCCGUUACCCCAAUCAAAAUCCCCGCACUGAACAAUGUUUGGCAAGCCCACCUGCAACUAUAUCACCUUGAUCCGUCUCGUCACAACGGCGCCUGGUCCUGCCAUGCUAAGAGCUUCGGCGGUCAAACAAAACUUGAGGUCAUGGUUUUGCUGCAUGUGGUUCCACGACUAUUCCUUGAGUAUCACGUAAUCCACCGGAACGAAACGGCAGAACCCGUGGCUGAACAUCUGGUGACCGUACCUGAGGGUGGGACGCUACUGCUUGGUUGCCGUAUAAAAGAAGAAACCGCAACGGCUGGCUACUUAGUGACUCCGGAGUUCACGUGGAAUCGUGUCAGAGCGCAUGGAUCAAACGGGCACGCGGACUCAUUUUGGAAUCUCGCUGGUGUUGAGCUACUAUACAUAAAACCCGUUAAUUCUUCUCAACACGCGGGACUUUGGUCUUGUGGGAAGACCAGCGCACUUCUUGGCAGUGUACAGGAGCAAGUCAAAUUUUUCGUCAGUGUCGGGAGAGCCCCGGUUUUCGAGCGCAAACAACCUCGACAGAUUUUCCGUGUUUCAAAGCACCAACCAACUCGGUUUCUUGAAUGUGGAGCAGCGGAUUUCGGUCAACCGAUCGGGAGGUUGAUAUGGUACCGUUGCCGUGGUGAUCGAGGGUGCAUUCCAAUAAGAAAACGAGCAAUGUUUGAAAAACAAAACAUCCUAGUCUCCGCAAUCCCGGGGGACAAAUACACUUGUCGCAUUGAAAACAUAUGGGGAUUUGUCGAGCAGCAUUUCUAUUUUAAACCUUUUUUUGAAUGAGUAAGUCAACGAGUUCUGAAUGCUUAUUGUACCUGUUAGAGCAAUAUUAUUUCGGGACAUUACUUCUUCAUUCACAUUAGGAUUUGGACCUCUGUCAGUUGUUCUGCAUCUGUGUUCCUUUAUGUGACUUCGAAAUGCAAUCCACAUGAAUUUUUGCCUUUUUCGCCGUCACUUUAUUGUACCUAAAUUCAUAGAGCUAUGCCCAUCUGUUAUAUUAAACCACUUCAGAUUCAUA